AAGUUGGUAAUUACGCCGCUGUGAUUUUUUCCAGGACGCACCUACAAUUACCCGAGUUAUGUCUGUCCGCCCACCAGAGAGAAGAGUUGGGCAAGCCGAGACGGCGCUCUGGGUGUGGCGAGGAGUGAGAGGCGUUGCUUUUCUCAAUUCGAGUGUAAAAUGUUUGACGGAAGAAAACUCUUGCUGACAUCCAUAACUUCUACCGUUUCGAAUGUCUGUGAGUAUAGGCCUAUUUUUAGCGUCUCAGGAACGUGUUCAAGAAGAAAACAACAACAAGACCACUCGGAACUCAAGUGUCGUUACGAGGAAGUGUCGUACAGACACGCGCUGCCUCAUAUCAACCUGUGUUAAGGCUUUAGAUUCAUUUGUGUACUGAACAGCCACGAAGGAGCAGAGAUCAUGACGGAACAGGUGGAGAAGUCGCUAUAAGCUCUGCCAUUCUUUCACCCUUCUCUGCAUCUCUCUUGGCAUUUUCCCUUCCCCUCCUUUUUGUUCUUCCCUCCUCUCUCUCUACCGCCCCGCUCAUGUCUUCUUCCAUGGCUUCUUCAGUCAUGCGGCGCUUCAGCUCAGAGGGGUCACUCCUGGACCUGGAUGUAUUGCCAUGGCGACGGGUGGCGCUUAAGACAGCAGAAGAGGCACAGGAGGGCCUUGGUGUAGGCAUCUACACGCCAGACCACAGCCCUCCGAGGUCACCUGUCCCAGUCAUGACUACUCCGAGGGGAGGUCGUGGGGGUGCUGGCCGAGAGCUGGUGAAGGAGCACAGCAUGAGCGUGGAGAACAUCCAUGUGCUGGACAAGGCCCCCAAUGAUCUGCAGUUGCUGUCACUGAACGAGAGCUACCGUGCCUACAGCGACGGCCAGCUGGCCCCGGCCCCCGCGGGCAGCAGAGAGAGUAUCGGCCGCGAUGCCCCACCAUCUCCAAGCGGCUCCAAAUGCAACCCCCUCUCCAACACGAGCCUGCACCGCAACCAGGCCAGGGCACGACUCUCCGCCGCUAAGCUCCACAUCAAGAGCCUCUUCUCCACGAGUCCCCACUCCUCCCACUCAAACCUAGCUGCCACUGAGCAGAAGAACAGCGCUACCAGUACCACGGAGAGGCGAUCGCGUUUGCCCUUCCUGAAACAGUGGAGUCAGGUGGGCCACUCCAGAGCGCGACUUUGCCGGGAGGAAAUGGAGUCUUGGGCGCUGUCGCUUAGCAACCUGCUGUCCAGCCGCACGGGUCUGUCUGUGUUCGGGGCCUUCCUGCGCUCCGAGUUCAGCGAGGAGAACCUGCAGUUCUACCUGUCGUGUGAGCAGUACCGCCACAGCUCCAACAACUUCAGCCUGCAGCGCCGAGCCCGAGACAUCUGUGCCACCUUCAUCCAGCCAGGGGCGCCUAGAGAGGUCAAUCUGGACAGCAAGACUCGUGAGCUAACUCUUCAGCUGCUCCAGGCGCCCUCCCACACCUCCCUCUCUCAAGCACAGAAGCGCAUCUACUCCCUGCUGGACACAGACUGCUACCCACGUUUCCUACAGUCACAGAUCUACACGUCACUGCUGCAGGAUGCUGACUAAUUCUCUCUCUCUGUGUGUGUGCGUGUGUGUGCGUGUGUGUGUGUGUGUGUGUGAGAGACAAGCACUGCUUCAUAAAAUGGCACAUCUACCUCUCCCUGCUGCAGACUGCCUAGUAGAUGGGGGUGGGGGUGGGGGUGGGUGUGGGUGUGGACAGAGACUACUGAGUGACCUGGCAUUAGUUGAACUUUGGGAGGUCACUGGAACGGUGUAGCUCUGUGUGUGUGUGUGUGUGUGUGUGUGUGUGUGUGUGUGUGUGUUCGAGCAGUGAGUGUUGAAGGUAUGAAGGGUGUGGAGCCCAUCUUCACCCAAACCCUCCAACCACCCCACCGAGUACAGAGUGCAUGAUGGUGUGAGGAAAGGAGGAGGAGGAGGAGGAGGAGGAGGAGGAGGAGACGACGACGCAUGGGAACGACACUGGAGGGACUCUGCACACCCAGCACUAAUCAUUAAACAGAAUCGCCAUGGCACCCACUGUUGCUACGGUCUAGCGAGCAGAAGCGGAGGAGCGUGCUGACGGGAUGGAAAAACACGCCAGGCAAGACUCACCUGUGCAGGCAUAGUCAGGCACUAAAAGUAUUUAAAAUUUUCCCCUAAAAUUCCCCACCGUUUUAAAUUCAAGUUGAACUUCUCGCGACCUGAUAUGACCAAACACCCCAGGAGCUGGACAGCGGCCUUCGCACUGUUCUUUUCUAAUCUCGGUUAAAGUAUAUUUUUUCUGUGUGUGUGUGUGAGUUAAACCAUGUGAAAGAUAAACAUUUAGAAAUAAAUCAUUUUUGUAAA